GGAAAUCUCCUAGAAAUCAAGGCUUUAAAAGAAACCUAUAUAUACAACUACCUACCCUUCAGUGGCACCCUCCACCUCAACAGCAUCCUCAACAUCAAUGAGGGCAUUACCAGCACCAUAUAAAAGUAUGUGUAAUAUUUCAAAAAAAUCACACUUUUGUAUAUCAGAUAAGCCAGUCACUCUGAAAACAUUGCCGCUUGGAGUUUGCCACUUAUCGAAGUCUGUACAACAAUUGAGUGGCAGAUGAUUUUUAUUGUACACCAUGCCCAUCCUCUUCUUUAGGAAUUUAUUUGGUGAAUACAGAAGACACCAGCUCUUGUGUGGAGUGGGAAAUAGAGCAAAUUGUUCAUAAAUAUAUUAAACUUAAAUUAAAAGAUUCAAAUUAUGUCCUUUUUCCUAUGCACCAUUGUUAGUGGGUUAUUCUGCUUCAAUCAACAUUUAUAUUUAGUGAUAAAAUAUGAACAUUUAAAUAUUAUAGCUAUAGUAUCAUAAGUCUGUAUAUAUUAUUAAUUCUUUUACAUAAUACCUGCCAACAGCCAUUACUUUUUUGACUAAAGAAAGAAUGAAAAUUUAUACCCAUAAUUAACAAUAAUUAAUUUUUUUUUUGCAUUUCACUUAACCGAUACCAUUAGGUAUAUAUCUGAAUAUUUCCCUCCUCGAAUGGUUAUGCAAUAUAACUGCUUGUUAAUUUUUCUUUUAGAUAAUGAGUUGGACUGUGGUGGAGUUUGUGGAGACCAAAGAAGUGGAAGCUGUUCCAACCAAAUGGAUUUUUAAUGGUCAGUGUUAUUGGCCACCACAAGCUAGGGACAAAGUUUUACAUGAAAUUAAACAGAAUUCUCAACCAAAUACUUGCUGGCCAUUGUAUGACAUCAGAAUUUUUAAAGAUAGCACAUAUAAGGACUAUGGUAUUGCAUGUAAAAAGUCUUCCAACGCGCAAUUUACAUCUGAUCUUAAUACAACAGAUGACGAACACGUUUCUACUAAAAGAAAAACAGUACCGUCUAGAAGGUAUAUGGCAGAUUCUACAGACAGUGAAGAGGACACAAUUGUUAUGAAGAAGCCACCUGUGCUGAAAUAUGAUAAUCAGUCCCAAAGAAAUAGUAAGAAAACUUCAAAGGCAACAACAGACAACAACAAUUUACACAUAAUAAGCAAUCAACUUGUUACUCCUAGCUCAGUCGGUACUCUAUCAGUUAGUGAAUUUCGCCCGGAGGCUGUAAUUCGAUCUAAAAGCACCACAUGUAGCUGUACAUGUCAAUUACAUCAAUCUAAAAAUGAAAACAUGUUAAGAGAAAUAUUAAGGCAAUUAACAACUAUGAAAGCUUCACUUCUUCAGUUUAAUGAGGAUGUGCAAAAACUUCAUGGCAACAAAACGAAAGAAUUUUAUAGAGAAAAUUUUUUGAAUAAUUUCCAUUUACCGAUUAACGGAGAAAUGGAACUGAAGGAACUGGAUUCUUAUUUAAAAUCUGACAUCAAUUUCAAGGGGACGGUCGAAGAUAUUUCAAGAAUUGGAGGUUCCAAUAUUUAUGAUUUUGUUAGGCGGUCUUUGAGUGUACUAAUUACGGACGAAGUAGCAAAAGAAUAUUCCUACUAUGGGGUCAAAAAAAAGAAAAUUUUCAAGAGCUUGAGAUUGUGUGAUCUUUUGUUAGUGCGCACCCCAAGGCGAUACCAAUAUUUUAAUUACAGAAGCCGCUGCAAUAUCAAACUUGAAAAGUGAUAAGAAAGCAACUGAGGCGAUAAAAAAAUGGCUGCGAAGAGCCAAGGAACGACACGAUGCUAAGAAGUAGUUAUAUUAGGUAUAUUAUAUAUGUAUGUUGAAUGAUUGUUAAUUUUUUUAGAAAAUGGUUUGUUUUUUAUUUAUGUUUUACAACGAAUAAAAUUUUAUUUUAUUAUC